AUGUUCACUAUCGCAAGUACGCCGGCGAAGCAGAGUGUCACCGAGACCAUAUCGACCUUAGCCUCGAGGCUUUCAAGCUCGACUCUUUUGGAGGACAGACGAGCUGCGAUUUUGGGACUGCGAUCAUUUGCCAAGGACUAUCCUGCAUCGGUAGCAUCUGAUGCGCUUCGAGGGUUGAUUACUAGUCUCACGAAAGAUGGCGAGGAUGUUGAUACCGUUAAGGUGGUGCUCGAGACACUUCUGAUGCUCUUCAACCCCAAUGAGAACAGCCCAGAAGCAUCAGAGGAGAUUGCAUUGUGGCUUGCAGACGAAUUCACACAACGUCAAGAUAAUAUCACCCUAUUGCUUGAUUUCCUAGAGACCAAUGACUUUUAUUCUCGAUUAUACUCCUUACAGCUCCUCUCCGCCAUUUUAGCGUCUCGAACCGAACGAACGGAAGAAUGUAUCUUCACAGCACCAUUAGGAAUCUCGAGAUUAGUGGCUGUGCUAGAUGACAGGAGGGAGGCGGUUAGGAAUGAAGCUCUUGCGUUGCUCACCUAUUUGACGCCUAGCUCGUCCGAACUCCAAAAAGUAGUAGCUUUUGAAAAUGUGUUUGACCGCAUAUUUAGUAUAAUCAAGCUUGAAGGUUCCAUAUCUGAGGGAGAUAGAGUGGUAGAGGAUUGUUUGAUUCUUCUUGCAAAUCUUCUUCGGCUCAAUGUUUCCAAUCAGUCGUUCUUCAGAGAGACUGGCUGCGUUCCAAAGCUUGCUCAAUUACUGAGCAACUCCCUCGGUGGUGACACUACCGGAGAGGUCGCAGAAUGGGCAAUGCUCCAAAAAAAUAGAAACACAUUUGCGUUAUUGGCUGUCCUCAGAUUGUUCCUGGUUACCGGUGGUCAUGGAACACCUGCGAACCAAGCAUCUUUCUGGCAACAUGGAAUCUUGGCUCUAGUUCUUCAGAUUGCCUUCAGUCGCAAUACGGAAAUGCAGAUAAAGGCAGAGGCGCUUAUAACUUGUGCGGAUCUAAUUCGAGCAAAUUCGAGGCUCCAAGAAGGAUUUGCUCAACUUCAAGUCACUUCAGUUUUGGACGAGCCGCCAUUAGAAGGCACCGAGGCGGCACCGCAAAACGGUAUUCCCAAGGUCUAUGUCAUAGACGGCCUUCUCGAUCUCACACUAAGUGUCCCAACCCCGGCAGCUUUCGAUUCUCGGAUGGCUGCAUGUGAGUGUAUCAAAGCAUAUUUCUACAACCAUCCUGCCAUUCGAAAACACUUCUUGCGACGGGCCAUUGAUGGGCAUAAAACUGGCGCUGACGAAACCGCUAACGUGUUGACAACUCUUUUGCAGCCUAUGGAUAGCCAAGUUUCUAGCGAUCCUUAUCGUUACUGGUUUGCGGCUGUGAUAUUAUUCCAUUUGAUUCACGAAGAUGGUGAUGCUAAGAGUCUCGCAAUGAGCCUCACUGAAGGUGAUGCAUCAUCCGGCGAAGAGGUUGUAACCUGCAUUCAGACCAUAACGGAAAAUCUCAUCAUUGGUAUUCAAAAGAAUGUCGAUGAGCGUGUUCUCGUGGCCUACUUGAUGCUUUUGUCCGGGUGGCUUUAUGAGGAUCCCGAUGGCGUUAACGAUUUCCUUGGGGAGGGUAGCAACAUCCAGAGUCUGGUACAGGCAGUUGUAAAUCCUGGACCAGGUGGAGUUCUUGUUCCAGGUCUUGCGGCGGUACUUCUUGGAACAAUCUACGAAUUUUCAACGAAGGAUUCUCCUGUACCUAGAGCUACUAUUCAUCCUAUUCUGGCAUCGCGAAUGGGUCGAGAUUUGUACGUUGAUCGGAUCACGAAGCUCCGAGGCCAUCCAUUACUUCGGGAUUUUGAAGUGCUUCCGCAAAAGCUAAGCUCAGCACCCCAAGGUGGAUUUCCGGAAGUUUUCUUUGACAGGACUUUUGUCGAGUUCAUCAAAGACAAUUUCGGUCGCAUACUUCGUGCAAUUGAUCGUGAUCCGGGAAUGGAAAUUCCCAUUAUAUCGAAUGGGGUUCAGAAAGGCAUAUCAAGAGAAAUGGUAGACUCACUGCGGUCGCAGCUUGAGCAAAAGAGCAAGGCACUUGAAAAAGCAGAAGAAGAUUUACUAGUUGUUGGCAGGCAACUGGGUCAGGAGCAGGCAGAUCACCGCAGAGCGAGGGAAACCUCUACUGUGGAGCUAUCAAGGAUAAAACAGGUCAAUGAAGCUCUUCAAAGGCACCACGAAGAAGACCUCAAUAAAAUACGCGAAGAACAAAAUCGAGUCGUUCAAGAUCUUCAGAGACAGCUUGACAGUACCAAGAAAACAAACGAGGCCAAUGCUGAGCGGGUCGCACAAGAUCACCAAAGACAACUUGAUCAUGUACAGAAAACGACCGAGGCUAACGCUGCGAGGACGCGAAAACGCGCCGAAGCGGAAGUUUCCGACCUUCAGAAGAGCCUGAGCAAGUUAGAAGCAGAUCUUGAGAAGGCGAAUAAGAAUCAUUUGCAGGACCUCAAAACUGCUCACGAUGAAUACAUGACCAAACAGACUGAGCAAGCGGCUCGUCUUAAGCGAGCAGAAGAAAAGCUAGCCGAAGCCAACGAGCGCGCCGAAGCGGCUAGAAUAAAAGCAGAGAAGAGCGAGACCGCCGCAUUAGAAAGGGCGAAGGAGAAGCAAGCCAUUCAGAGCGAAUUAGAUGAUCUGCUCAUGGUGUUUGGAGACUUGGAGGAUAAAGUUACUAAAUACAAGAAUCGACUGAAGGAAGCUGGUGGCAAUGUCACAGAUGAAGAGGACGAUGAUGAAGAAGAAGAAGACGAGGAUGGCGAUGGUGAUGAGGAAGAAGAUAUUGACUAA